AUGGAGACCAAGUCAAUGUUUCAAAAAAAGAAUAUAAAACUUGCUUGGGAUUUAAUAUUUAAGAAAAUUCAUCCGUUAUUGAGUGGUAUUGUAUCGAAGUUUCAACUCCUGAAUAGUUCCAAUGAUGAAAACAAUACCUCAAUCGAUAAGAUUUGGAAUAUUUAUAAACUUUGCAGUGACCAAAUACGGAAGUGUAUCGUUAUUUUAAUUGAUGUUUUAAAUUAUAAUAGAAAAAAUAAUACAUUUGAAAAGGAAAGUCUUCAAUGUAUUUUAGAGAGACUAUCAUGUUGCCAUGAAAAAUUGCUUUCAAUUGAUUUACAAGUUGAUAAACUAUUUAGUACAACAGAUGAUAGUAUUUCUGAAGAAUCUAUAAUAGUUAGUACAAUGUACUUUGUGAACUGGGUUGAUCAGACAUUUGGAGUUCUUAGUAAUUUGUCCAAUCAUGUUUAUCAGAAAGAUUUCAAAUCAGAGGAUUAUUUUGAAGCCUGGAAGGAUGAACUAGUUGUAUGUGUAAGUGGAAUCCACACAUUUAUUGAUGAGAUGUUGCUAUCUGCAAUGACUCUUUGCAAGUAUUGCUUGCCGAUGGAUCAACAUAUUGUUAAAGCCCGCUGUCAAGUGGUGCUCCGAGAAACUAAAGCACUUCUUGGUGAUUUAAUAAGAGGCAAUUUGGAUUCUGUAUUCCAAGCUUCAAAAGAGGCCCUAAUACUGCCUCUAAACCCCUCAAAUGUUAACGUCUUGAUAGAUGUAUUGAAAGUUGUGUUGUAUGCCUUAGAAACAAACACAAAUACAGCCCUACUGGCUUUAGUAGUACACUGCUUUGCAUGCAACACAUCACCUGUAGAUGUAUUAAAAGACCAUUUGAUCAAUCACCAUAGUGAUUGUUCUUCUGAAGACUGUGAUUUUGUCAGAGAGUUUGAUUUGUUUAAUGAAAGACUAAUGCAGAUUGGUUCUUUUGCAAUAUCAUGUUCUUCAGAUGAGAGUAGAGUGCUACAACUCCGCAGUGGGCUAGCAAGUCUUGAAGCCCUAGACCCACACUUAGUUCCUGCUAUCAUGGUGGCUCCCUUAAGCUAUAAUGCAAAUGUAUUGAUUGAUACAUGGAAACUCGAAGUGGCCGAUGUUAGGGACCAAGUAUUUCUUAUAGUCGAUCCAACGGCCUUUGCUCAGAAAGCAAAAGAAAUGAUGCACAAUAUUUUACUACAAGUAAUUAAAGAUAAUAUCUACAAUAAUAUCAAAAUAUGUAACGUAAUUGACAUUGGGUGUGUCGUUGAAAUGUUUUUUGAGGUUUACAAAAAACAUGAACCAAAUGCUUUGCCGCAUCAAGAGAAACUUAUUCCACUACUCCAGGAUUUGAGUAAAGUGAUUCCCGAAUGCAAAGUCGUCAAUAAUAUACUAAGUACGCCUGAUGAUUUUAUCUAUCCCAUAAAGUACACGAAAAGCGAAACGGUCUCUUUCGACAAAUUAAUAAAACGCUUAAAACUCCUGUACACAAUAGUCAAUAAAAUCUGUACUCUUCUGUCACCCGAAGACGAUAUAUUCGAGGAAACCGUAAAAAAUGAAACUCACACAGUGGCUAGAACAUUUGUGAACUCUCCGAAGAAAACCAUUAAUGUUACUCGAAGUGUAUUGGGAAGGACGACAAAUAUAAAAUCUUCGACGGCGAAAUUUCCCUUGAAAAUGCUAACGAAGAAUCUGAAAGUGAAGAAGGAUUUGAGUUUCUCGAUUAAAUUGGAUGAAUUGUGUGACAUAUCAGCUAUUAAGGUUCGGAAUACUUCCAUCAUGUAUUCGCCUAUGAAGAAGACAUCGUUACGAAAAGCAAUGUUAAGCAGACGCUGUAAGGUCCAAGAAGCUUUCGAUGACGAUACUGAGGAUGGUAUGGACGAAGCUAUGAGCUUGCAAAUAACAGAAGUUUUAAACGAAAUCAACAAUUUAACAGUAACAAGACCGAGAAUUAUGAACGUGACGUAUGAUGAAAAAGAUAUAUCCAAAACACACAUGCUAAAACUCCCCGUUAACAACGAAUCAGUUACGAAACAUGUAUGGAAUAUAACGAUGAGACUCGGCGACCGGAUUAAUAUGAAGAGACCUCGUCCUUGCUUUCUGUUCACUUUAAUUAUUUUUGCAUUUUCAUCUUACUUCACGGAGGUAAUAGGCCUCCCUACUGAAAGCUCUUCUAAUUCAUGGCCCUCGUUCCCUCGAAGAAAUGUCGCCGCGCUGGCGAGAGAUGGCUAUCUCAAAAGUGUUGCCAACAGUUACAAAAGAAGUAUCUCUACGUUGGCUAAAAACGGAAUGCUCCCUACAUUCAGAGCUCCUUACAGCGACACUGAUCAGCAACAGCAAGACGACGAGGAAGCGCAUGAGAAACGAAAUCUAGCGUCAAUUGCCCGUCUGCGCAGCUACACGACCAUGAAGAGGAACAUCCAAGCGUUAGCUCGAGAUGGUUUUCGCUUCGGCAGAGGACAAUACACCCAGUCGAACGAGAAGCGGAAUAUCGCAGCCCUGGCUAGAAGCGGUUUAAUUCACAAAAGAGACGAGCUAGGCGAAGAGUAUUACCUUCCGUUCUACCAAAACCAAAUACCUCCACUCUCAGAAGUCGAAGGACCUUAUGACUACAAUGAAAUCUAUGAUUACCAGCAGUCUGUUAAUCCUGAUAGGUUUUCUCCAGUUAAGCGCAGUGAUGUCAGUAUUGUCCCCACAGAUAAUAUGAACAGACUCGACGAUGACGCUAAUUGGUAUUUUAAACGGGGAGUAGUAGGGAUGCCAGUUCACGGACUGUACAGACCAAUGUUUAUCGAUAACGGAAAUAAUCGUAACAAACGAUCUAUAUAUUCUAUCCCGGAUGUUAUUGAUCGCAACGAUAUCAAUCCUGAUGACUACGAGACAGAGGAGGACAAGCGAUCUGUUGAUGACGAAGCGCUAGCGAACUUUGAAAAGCGUCAUAUCGGUUCGCUAGCUCGAUUAGGUUGGUUACCGUCGUUUCGAUAUACGGGCGGACGGUACAGUAGGUCGGGAAGGGCUAGGUUCCUAAUACCUAGCCAAGCGGAAAGGGAGCAUUCCAUUGACGAGAAUUUCGGGACUGGGCAAUAUCUCUCUGAUUCCGAAGCUAGCUCAUUCGUCGAUCCAAACAACUCCGACCUACCGCCGUCGCCAAUAUCUUCUCACACGCACCCGACCGGCCGGUACCUCCACAGAACGCUGAACGACCUCCCCAACGAAAUACCAACUGGCUCCAAAGACCCGUUCAACAAAAACCGCUGGCAACACAACAAGGCACUACCUAAGUUCUACUAUUUUCGAUCGCUCAAAGUACCAUACCACUCGUCUGGGAAACGAUAUCUUGUGCUUCCAGCGGUAGACAACUUACUCAUGAGGAAAACUUAUAACAAUAGCUUACCGAGCCGACGCAAAAAUCAGUAG